AUGGCCUCAAUCCUUCGGCGGCCUGGCAACAUUGCCCGAUUCUCGAGGAGAGCCACCGAGUGCCUCGGCCGCGCUGGAACGACUUCUCUGCGAACGCAUCCGUCUCGACUGUCUUCACUUAUCACAUCCUCUCGUAUUCGGAACUAUGCCACCAGUGGCCCAACACCCCCCAACAAGGAUUCCGAGAAUUCCCAGUCUAAGGGUGGCGAGCCUGAGUCGGUGUUGAGCUCGGAAGACCAGUUGAAGCUGGAUGCUUUCGUGAAACACCUCAAGACCCGCAUGCCAGAUUCACAGCACGAGGCAAUCGAAACACUGCGGAAACACUUGAUGAAGAAUGGCAUGCCCGAUGAAGUCCGACAGUUUAUCGAGAAGCACAAAAAUGCGUCCUUGAUGGACCACAUUCGCAUGAUGCGAUGGCUGUUCAAGUACACCAGCGAUCUCGCCAAGGAAGAUAUCCGGGGCAUCACCAAAAAUCAACAGGACGACAAUGUGCAGGCGAAAAAAAACGGCGAGAAGUCUCAGGAUGGACAAGAAGAGGCUAGCCAGAAGAGCAAAGAGCAGGGUGGCAAGGAGCACGAGCAAUCCGCCCGAGACCAGCAGAAGAAAAAGAAACAAGACCAAGGCUUCCCAACUCCCAAGGUCUUUGAGUUCCGUCUCGAUCCUGCAUCCUUCCUUGUCACAGCAUUCGUCACAUACUACAUCUACCGCAGCUUCUUCCCCGGCGAGGGUGCAGGCCGGGAAAUUACCUGGCAAGAAUUCCGGUCCAACUAUCUGGAUAAAGGCCUUGUAGAGAAGCUCACCGUCGCAAAUGGUCAUCGUGUCCGCGUCGAUCUCAACCGCGAAGUCGUGAACCAAGUCUAUCCCGAGGGUGCCGGGCAGCCCGUGACUCAUGUCUACUUCAGCAUCGGCUCAGUAGAUAGCUUCGAGAGGAAGCUCGAACAGGCUCAGUACGAGCUUGGUAUCCCAAAUCACGAACGAAUUCCAGUCGCUUAUGUGGAUGAGGUACCAUGGGGUAGCGCUCUGUUGUCUUUUGCUCCUACUUUGCUGCUCAUUGGCGGUAUCUACUGGUUCUCCCGGCGUGGUGCUGGAGGAGCUGGUCAGAGCGGCAUCUUCGGUAUCGGCAAGAGCCGUGCCAAACGAUUCAAUCACGAAACUGAUAUCAAGAUCAAGUUCUCUGAUGUCGCCGGCAUGGACGAGGCUAAGGUCGAGAUUAUGGAGUUCGUGAGCUUCCUUCAGCAACCCGAGCGAUUCCAGAGACUUGGUGCCAAGAUUCCCCGGGGUGCCAUCCUUUCCGGCCCCCCUGGUACUGGUAAGACGCUGCUCGCCAAAGCGACCGCUGGCGAGUCAGGCGUGCCGUUCUUUAGCGUCAGCGGCUCCGAAUUCGUGGAGAUGUUUGUCGGCGUUGGCCCGUCUCGUGUUCGCGAUCUCUUCGCAAACGCCCGCAAAAACACACCGUGCAUUAUCUUCAUUGAUGAGAUCGAUGCGAUUGGAAAGUCUCGUUCCAAGUCCAACUUUGGUGGCGGCAACGACGAGCGUGAAAGCACCCUCAACCAAAUUCUGACCGAAAUGGACGGCUUCAAUACUUCCGAGCAAGUCGUCGUCUUGGCCGGUACUAACCGACCUGACGUUCUCGAUAAGGCCCUGAUGCGUCCAGGACGUUUCGAUCGUCACAUUUCGAUCGACCGUCCUACAAUGGAUGGUCGCAAGCAAAUUUUCCGGGUUCAUCUCAAGAAGAUCGUCACCGACGAAAACAUGGACUUCCUGGAAGGUCGACUUGCUGCCUUGACUCCUGGAUUUGCGGGAGCUGAUAUUGCCAACUGCGUUAACGAGGCCGCCCUCGUCGCUGCGCGAGAGAAUGCCGACAAGGUUGUUAUGCGUCACUUCGAGCAAGCUAUUGAACGUGUGAUUGGUGGUUUGGAAAAGAAAUCACUGGUGCUGUCGCCCGAGGAGAAGCGCACAGUUGCCUAUCACGAGGCCGGCCAUGCCAUUUGUGGCUGGUACUUCCGGUGGGCUGAUCCAUUGUUGAAGGUCUCAAUCAUCCCCCGAGGUCAAGGUGCUUUGGGCUACGCCCAAUAUCUGCCCGCAAAUGGUGACACUUACUUGAUGAACGUGAAUCAACUUAUGGACCGUAUGGCAAUGACUUUGGGUGGCCGAGUUAGUGAAGAGCUUCACUUUGAUACUGUCACCAGCGGAGCUAGUGAUGACUUCAACAAGGUCACCCGUAUGGCUACCGCCAUGGUUACCAAAUUCGGCAUGUCGAAGAAGCUCGGAUACAUCCACUACGAGGACGACUCAAGUCAGCAGUUCCAGAAGCCUUUCUCAGAGGACACUGCCCGCACGAUCGACUUGGAAGUUCGUCGCAUUGUGGAUGAGGCAUACAAGCAGUGCCACGACCUGCUAAGCUCCAAGAAGAAGGAGCUGGGUAUUGUCGCAGAGGAGCUUCUGUCCAAGGAGGUGCUCGGUCGUGAUGAUUUGGUUCGUCUCCUAGGUCCUCGUGAGUGGCCAGACAGCGCCGAGUUUGCCAAAUACUUUGACGGCAAGGGUGGCGAGACCAUUGCUCCCCAUGAGCCCACCGCCGACCCGGAGACCACGGCUGGCAAGGAUGGCCGCGAUGAGACUCCGAUCCCUCCGUCUUAG